ACCAAAAUUAUCAGAUACGGAUUUGUAUAUAUACAAAAACCGAGUCUACAUAGAUAUACAAACCAUACGUACCAGAAAAAAGGUUUUGAAGAAAUAUUUGCCGAAAGUAUUUAAUUGCAAAUAUCAUAUUGAUUCAGUGGAACUAGCAAGUGUCGCAGAGGUGUACAAAGCAUGCAGCAUUUGAUAAGAAGCCUGUUAGCUUGCACGGUAUGUUUGAUCGUCCUGUUUCAUAGCUCAGAAGCCAUGUAUGGACUCUGUUCCACCGACUGGUUUCACGUAGACCCUAACAGUGAAAGAUGCCUGGACAACCAGGAUGAUUGUAAACAAGCAGGUGGACGAUGCCACUACGGUGCUGGAGAUCACAGGGAAGGCUGUGUUUGUCUUAAAGAAGUUUACCGAGAGGAUCACUGGGAGUAUAUGACACUAACGAAAGACCAUUUCAACGGAAAAGGUCGAAUGUACCCAAAUCCAUUCCAUCCAUUUCCUGUUAAAGUACAGAAGCUACCACCAAAGAAAACGUCAUAACAGACAAUGUCUCCAGCCAUAAUUUAAACGACACAAUUGCGAACGUGUUAAACAUGUCAUAAGAUGCUAUGCGAUCACAUGUCCGUAGAUGCGAUUUUGCAGCGUUUUGAUAGUUAAAUGUGUACAAUUAUUUUCAUUCGAAACACAAACUUACACAAAGCGUUGUAUGGUUGGCUAGGUUCUUAAACUAUGACUUGUUCUUUCGACUUUUGUCCUCGUUUUCUGUUUGGUGAAAUUCAAGAAAAAGCAGAUAAAACUUCCACAGAUUUCAAUAAUACAAUAUAUGCAAUAUAGAAUAAUAACGCUUACUAAGUAAGUCCAUUGUUUUCUUCCUGAACCUAAACAUAUUCUUUCAUGUAAUGUUAGUAACUUAUUACUCAUGUUCGAAAACACCAUUUUGAAGAACCUUCGUGAGUUAACUUUUAAUUUUACUGUACAGUCAAACCUGUCUAUAAAGACCCCCCCCCCCCCCCCCCCUUGGGAGAGCCAAAAUGUGUUCUUUGUUGGGAGGUUAUUCACAUGUUAAAAUACACUGUAAAUGUUAAAAUGAGAAACAAAACAUGUGGUCUUUAGAGCUAGGUGGUCUCAGAGGUGGUCUUUAACACAAGUUGACUGUAAUUGUAUUUUGUGCAUAUGCUUCAACACCUGAAUGCACUUUUGUAUUUUAUUUAUUAUCUUGAUUAUUUAUUUCUUCAAUGAUUCUUAUGACAUACAACAUUCAUUAUAUAAAUACGCCGAAUACACGCUUGUGUCUCCAAAUUAUGCUGGUAAGCCAGUGGAUCUAGAAUGCUAACUUAGAUGUUAUUGUGGUCGGUGUUGCUGAAAAGAAUUGCUACUUUACGAAUGUUACAAGAUGAUUUUGAUUUUUCUUCUUGAAAUGAAUUCAAAAUACUUCAUUAUUAAUUUAAUAAGAACAAGGCUCUAGUACUCAAAUGGUUAUCCUGUGUGUGAGGAAGGUUUACAAAUAUUUGUAAACAGAUUUACACGUGCACUAACAUUAAUAUGAUCUUUUACUUAAACGAAAUGACAAAGUGUAAAGGAAACUAGUGAUUUUUCUAUUGCAUUCAAAGAAAUUCAUUGUUCCCGUAUAACUUUGUUUCUAUGAAAUCCAAGUGCAACAGACACGAAUUAUAUGACUGAUUUCCUUACAAAAUUAAAAACUGCAUUAAUAUAUAAGGUGUGUAUAAAAAUUCAUUUUAAGUUUGAAUUUAAUCUAUGACAUUUUCAGUCGUUUGUAUUAUAUUUUUUUUCUUAAUCCCUGGGUAUAAAGAACCAUACUCUCUCUUAAUGUAGAAGGUUUCACCAAACAGUAUUCUAGGUUUGGAAUUUGUUGUCGUUACAUCAUUUCCCACAAUGCUUAAGUUUCAUAAUAUACCUUUGUUUUCUUUUGAGUAUGUUAGCGCUUUUUACAUGCUAUAUCAUAUACAUUAUUGUACAUUGUAUAAUGUCUUAUAUCACCAUAAUAAAAACAAUGCCUGAAUAA